AUGCUGUUCCAGCGCUGGGUAAGUCACUCACUCCUCCUUCAAUCACGUACUGACCUUCGAAGAUGGUGCGGAACUGGAUAUCUUUACUGCUCUGCCCCUUCGUGUCAGAUCGAGUAUGGUCCUGGCUGCGACGCAAACGUUCGUCCAGGUGGCCCUGAUACAACGAAUGUAGCUCGCCCGAAAGUUGGAAGUAUUCCGUAUGGCCAAGCUAUUUAUCGGUGUAACCGCAAUGGAGACAUUGCGUUGACGUAUGAUGAUGGACCGUAUACUUAUACUGAAGACCUUCUCAAUCUCCUCCAGCGAUACAAUGCUAAAGCGACAUUCUACAUCACCGGUCGCAACCUCGGGAAGGGCGCUAUUAAUGAUCCAGAUACACCAUGGCCAGUUCUCAUUCGGCGCAUGGUUCGAGACGGCCAUCAAAUCGCCAGUCACACAUGGUCCCAUCAACGUCUCACGACCUUAAGCCGCUCCAAAUUCUGGAACCAGAUGAUUUACAACGAGAUUGCAUUUGCUGAUAUUCUCGGUUACUUCCCUACUUACAUGCGUCCUCCCUACUCUGCCAGUAAUGCCACUACAGAUGCUUGGCUGAAUGAACUCGGGUAUCAUAUCACGUACUUUAAUCUGGAUACAGAGGGAUAUCUACACGAUAGUCCAAACAUGAUCAGCACAUCUAAACAAAUCUGGGAUAAUACCGUCGAGGGUAGAAGUCCGGCUACCAACAAAUGGCUUCACAUCGAGCAUGAUCCCGUGUAUCAGACAGUCUACAACCUGACAGAAUACAUGCUCCGCUCCAUCCGCCGCAACAACUUCACCGCCGUAACAGUAGGUCAAUGUCUCCAAGACCCCCCAUCAAACUGGUACCGCACCGUCUCCUCCUCCCCUUCCCCCACAUCAACAUCCUCAUCGUCCCCAACAUUCCCUGCCACGACAAACGGUCGCUGCGGCUCACGACACGGCGGCGCAACAUGUCGCGGCGAACCCAACGGCGAGACAUGCUGUUCGCAAAACGGCUGGUGCGGCGGGACGAGCGAUCACUGCGGUAGAGGAUGUCAGCCUGUGUUCGGGACGUGUAGAGACACGCCCGAGCCAGCGGCGCCGGGGAGAUGCGGAGCUGCGCAUGGGGGCGCGAGGUGUACGGAGAGUGGAUGGGGAUGUUGUUCGAGGGCGGGAUGGUGUGGGAGUACGAGUGAUCAUUGUGGGACGGGCUGUCAGAGUGAUUUUGGGACGUGUAAUUAG